AUGAUCAAUUUUAAUUUAAGUUAUGAUCCUGUGGACAAAGCAAUCCAAGACAAUCCGCAUACCUUUAAUGAUGUUGCAUACUCCGUAGAAAAAGAUUCAAAUUCAGUCCCAGUUAAUAAUAAUACAAAUACAUUGCAGACUUCAAUGCCUGAACAAACUCUAACAGAACAUCGAAAAAGUGAAUUCGAAUUCGUGAAUGCAAAUAAUAAUGUAUCCAAUGUAGAUUCACAAAGCUCAACAGGAUCACUUGAGGAUCCAAAAAAGUUAUUAAACUCCGAUGGAAGCCAGCGUAGUCAAAGUACAAACUCAAUAACCACUCUAGAUGAUCGAGCAUGUGGUAAUGUCACUCGAUUAUUUGGUGAUGCUAUUAAAGAUGUCAAAGAACAAGCAAAUUCUGAUUUACCAAACGAUGUUCCGAUGGAUUGGUCCUCUAAAAAUUUACAAUCAGGGGAUGCUGGUGGCCAGGGUCAAGUACGCACAAUAUACUAUAAAAACAACGAAGCACAAAUAGCGGCAAUAAAAAUUUAUUCAGUCGAUGCUAAACCGAAAAAAAAUAGCAAAGGACUAGAAGACUAUUUGAAAGAACGAAGAAUGCGUGCUCAUCGCGAAUUAGUCGCUUUAAAGGCAUUAAAAGGUAUGAAAAAUGUUAGUCAACUAACAUCUUAUACACAGGAUAAUACAAAUAUACCGGAUAAACAAGAAGAUGCAAUAGCUGGAAAUAAAAUUUAUUGGACAAUUAUCAAUUAUAUUGAUGGUUGCACUUUAGAACAGUUUAUGGAAAAACACGAAAGCAUGGGCUUGCUGAACGCUAUUAGAUUAACUCAAAAACUACUUUUAACUAUUAAACAGAUUCAUGGCGUAGGUGUUGUGCAUCGUGAUAUAAAACCAGCUAAUCUAUUAGUUGUUCACGACAUGAAUACUCUCAUUGAAACAGCUGAAAUUCAUGUUAUCGAUUUUGGACUAGCAUACAUCGAAAAUCGUGAAGAUGACGUUGACUGGUCCGAAUUUGAAGAAAAAGAGAAAUUUCGGCAAACACACUUUGGUUGCACCUUAGGUAUUGCGAAAGAAUUGCGGCCAGGAUUAACAAAACAACUAAGAAGUUAUAUUAUGACAACAUUUGACAAAGGAUUUGAAAAUGCGGAAUAUCAGUGGACGGUUGAGCAAUUAGAGUAUCGGUUAGAAUCAAUUCGCCACAUUCUCGAGGAGAGCACCAUUCCAUUUGAUCAACAACUCAGUAAUGCUACAAGAAGUUUGCUUGCACUUGAAUCAGCUACUGCUCUUUUAAGUCAAUAUUCAAUCAAAAUAUUCUAUAAAGUUUCGGUUGCAUUUGAAUCUGCUAAGGCAAAAUUUAUCGCACGACCUCCAUCAUGUUCAUGGUAUGAUGGCCAUUGUUACUGGUUACAAUAUCGACAAGAUAUGACUGAACGUCAAAAUUAUGAUAUAUUAUCUUAUCACCAAAACAAACAACAGUGGAUGUUAAUAAUUAUUUGUUCGGUUCAUUUUGAUGAGAAUGGCGAUAGAAUUACAUUAUUGAUUGGCAGUGAUUUUAAUGGCAUCUAUAUUGAAUUACCGUUGGGUCAAUAUGCUCCUAUUGAAUUAGAUAGUUUAAAUAUUGAAGUUGAAUUUGAAAGAGAACUAAUCAAUCUACUACAAGUGAUGUGUAAAACAAAACCUACGACAAAUACAGGAUCUGUCAAUUCAGCAAAUUAA